GCGUCAGUUCUGUGACUCUUUGCUCUUGUCUAUCCGUCUCCUGGAUUCUUGGCAUAAAACGUGGCAAGGGAAAAGCUUGUUCGCCACCAUCUACGUCUUCCGUUUCGCUACCUCACACGACAGCAUCAUGAAGCUUGUAGCUGCUGUCGCAGUCCCAGGACUGACAGUUUUCGCCCUUGGUAUUCCUUUCCUUCAAGAAGUUACUGCCGGGCCCACGAGACGCGGGCAAACACUCCAGCAACGUGCGUCGGCAUUCACAGCUCGAGCAUCAGAUCGUUACGAAGGUGGCGGGCACUACAAUCAACAUGGCAAUUCCCAAUAUUUCCAGUAUGAAGGGGCUCAGGACCAGUAUUCCCCAAAAUACCAUGGCGGCAAGAAAGGCGGGUACACAACAACGACAACCGUACCCCCACUUCCAGUUCAGAUCGUCACGGAGUGUUUCCAAGUCCCAUACAGUAUCAACAAGACCUGCUACAAAGACGAGAUUGUGAGUAGUCCGUACGAUUGUCCUUCAGCGGGUUCUCAGGAGGUCUGUCGAGCUGUCCAGCAGGAAACGCCGGACACCUGCUAUCGCAUUGUCCCACGAGAGGUUCAGUAUGAGUGUCCAAAGGCACAGAAUCAGAGACUGUGUUCCCAGAUGCCCGUUACCAUUGCAAAAACAUGCAAGAAGACAAAGAGGGAAAAAGUCCUGAGUAGCUGCCCGAAAACGCUCGUCAUGCCCGAAUGUGAGGUUCAAUCCCGUGCUGUUCCGGAUACUUGUUACGAGUCAAAGGCUGUCACUGAGGAGUACGAGUGUUGGGGGACGGAGGCGGCUAUGGAAUGCGACGUUGAAAUGCAUGAAUAUGAAGCGGAGUGCACACGAGAAGUGCAAGUCCCUGUCCCAUACGACUACAACGAGACUGUUGCCGAAAAACAGUGUUCGAAGAAAAUGCAUACAAAGAAAGGUGUGUGCAUGAAGACGAUUCUGGAAGAGGAGCAGUAUCCGUGCCCUGAGACAAAGUGGGAAAAAAGAUGUACGCCGACAUCCAAGGUGGUUCAGGAGCCUUGUCAGAAGCCGAUUGUCGCCCAGGAAACGUACGACUGCAGUGAAACCCGCAUGGAACAUGUUUCGAAGACGUGUUCCCGCCGGGUUCCAAGGAAGACCGCCGUUGAGCGUUGUGGUGCCCCGCAACCGAAGAAGUAUGAACACCAUCCAACAAGCAAGAAACUCCGUCGUUUGGGGCCGCAAAAGAAAGGAAGUUUAUGUCAGACUGUAGAAAUGAUCACUGAGGAGAUUGAAACUUACCCCUGUACGGAGGAGGUCGCUGUGGUCGUCCCGAAAGUUUGUUCGCGAGACGUGACUCGCCAAGUUACUCAAAUGUGCAACCGACAGGUUCCCGACGAGAGCUGCGGUAUGGAAUCUGUGUCUGUCCCGAAGAUGUGCUCUCGACAAGUUUCGAAGAACGUAGAGGUUCCGUGCAACAGCCAGAAGGAGGAGGAAGUCUGCAACGACGUUCCGCGUCAUGUAACGAAAAAAGGAUAUCGAUUUGAGACGAAAAUAGAGACCUACCCGUGCCCGAAGCAGGAGUUCGCCGAGCGCUGCUAUGAAGUCAAGCGCCCUAGAAGGAAUGUCUGCCAAGCUACGAUAUUCGAAACGGAAGCGAAAGCAUGCAGCCGCCAAGAAUUUCAAGAGGUAUGCCACGACAAAGAACAGUUAGUUUCCCAACCGUGUUUGGAAGAGCAGGAGACACAAAUAGACAUCCCCUGCCACGACCACACAACGGAGGAGAAGUGCGUCAAUGUCCCCAUAUAUACAAUGGGCCUCUGUUCGACGGUUAUCGAAGAGGUCGAGGAGUAUCCUUGUUCGAAAACCGAACCCGCUAUUCAAUGCCAAAAUAUGCCCACCGAACGGCUGGGGACCUGCUUCCGCGACUCAACUCAAACUGUGCCGUACGACUGCUAUGAGAAGGCAUACGAAGAAAAAUGCGUCGAACUCCCCGUCACUCAGCCUCCGGCGCCGCAGCCUCACAAGAAGAAGCCCGCGAAAAAGUGAUGCGUGAUAGAGGAGAUUCUGUUGCUUGCGAAGAUUCUACGCGUAUAGUGGCAUGUAUCGCGAUCUGCACUCUUCAGCGUGGGCGGGCGAGUAGGGAGAAGUCACAAGGUGAGCCACGUUCCUUGCUCUCCAGUCUGCCUCGUAGAAGGCCGGUGUGAAUGUGGUUUUUUUCACUGGAUUGCUACCUCAAACCAAACACUCUUUCUAAUCAAUUUCUUAGACAGACUGCCAGCGUGGCCGCGUCUCCAUUAACGCUCCAUUUGUCCCCGACGCUCUAGUUCCACGUCAGCGUUCAUCAACGAGACUACCAAAUAUAGAGGGAUUCAGGAUCACGUUUUCAACCCAUCUGCCCCUUUCUGCCCUUGCGCGAAGAGACAAAGACCAGCCAAAGCAACCAGACGCGUUGAAUGCACCGUUCGGUGUGCCGAUCAAAAGCGAUGUAGCUCCGUAUGCAGCAAAACGACACGGCAACUGAGGUCUUGUCAAAGCCACCUGGUGCCGGUUAUUGAAAAAGCAAAGAAGUCACACGUUCCAGAUGUAUGUACACGGUUAACCGUUGUUCACUGUUCAUGCUCAAUUGUAUAUAUUAAUAACAGUGCUCACAUUUUAAAUUGUAGUUCUGU